UCAUUUUCUAUCAUUGAACCCUUGCCAUGGAGUGGCGGCAUGGGCAAUUCGUAGCAUACCGUGGGGAACCUGUUCCGCAAAAUGCACCUCUUGCGUGGUUUGGGCAGCCUGGGUCUUUUGUUGCGCCUGCUGCGCCACUUCCGCGCCCUGCGGUGCAAUUUCUACCGCAAACACAGGCAGUUUUUUACGGAAGCCAUGCCAUACCAGAGCCAGCGCGGCAACGACAACUUGACAAAACAUAUUGUUUAGUUGAUGAGGACGGACGGCCCAAGCCCUUCUCAAGUGUCAGUCAGAUCAGCGGAAGGAACUAUGAAAGUAUGAUAUCCUGCAUGAUUGGCAGUGGUGGUCCUCGGACGCUCCGUGCAAAUUUAUUUCAAGACCCAAAGGAACAACAUCGUUUGAAGACAUGCAAGGAAGCUGUUGCGCGCUUUCUGCGCGAAACAGUCUCCGACCACAUUGGGGACGGAAUGAGAUCAAGGGGUGUCGGGGAGGAGGAAGCAGAAGUCGACACAGUCUACAAUGGUUCUUUCGAGAACUUUGCUGCAAAGGUCGAGAGGCUGAGCACAGUCAAGGUCAGUGCUACGUGCGCAAACGUUCAGAGAGUGCUUGUGGAAAUCUGUUCCGACAGCCGCUACGUUGCAAUGAAGCUUUAUCAGAUUGAGAUCCAGAGCUGUCUUGUUGCGCGCAAGGGAUUCUGAGCACGUGACGAUGCAAGACAAUUGGAGCCAGUUGAGCUUCAGCCGGAUACCACAGGCUUUGCGAUCGGUUUCAACCGAGCAGCAUUGCAAGUCGAUACAGAAUCGCUGGCUGAUCGACUUGGCCUUCAAAAUGUGUUGGGCUUGCUCAAGAACAAGAUGCUGCACGUUGUCUACUUUCAAUCAGAGGCUGCACUGCCUGCAGCAUUGGAAAUGGCCAGCAAGGCAAUUUCAAAGGCGGAAAUGGCGCUACAAUUGGCGCGAGGCAGUGCCGCCCCGCAACGACCCCCAGCAGUGUGGGUCUGUCAGCUGGGAAGCCCUGGCAGUGGCGGCUUCCAGCCCGCUGGCAAUGCUUUUCCAAUCGACCCAGUGCCGCAAAACAUAGCACCCCUGCCAUGUAUUUGUUGAAUGCCAUCAAGCAGAAGAACCCAAAUACUGUAUCCUGCGAUGCCUAUCAAAUGGACAUUUACCGCCGGAAGGACGGCGGCUGGGUCAAGGAAGAAAGCAUGUCAGCAAGGCAGACUGCUAUGGAUUCACGAUUCCAGCUGGAGCUGCUGGAGCCGCAUAGUUUGAGGCUACUGCUGGCUGUGGUCACUGUUCUCGGCUGAGGCAAUGCUGGCGCACAACGUUUCACGUCGUACAGUGACAAAAGCAUGCGUUCGCAGGCACAGUUGUUUCGUUGCAGUGCGACUUUGCUUGACUCCUGAAGGGUAAGGCAGGCAACUGUUCACAUUUUUGAACAUCAGGCAACGGUGUUCAAGUCAAGCAGGGAAUGCCUGCAACGGGUACAGGACCAGCAACAGUUGCCGGCGCUGGUCAACAGCUGUUUCACUGCGGCGUUCCUCCCUGUGCCAAAGCGCGCGGAUGCAGUACCAAGCCGUUUGAAGAAGUGCGGGGGAAAGAAUUGCUCUCGUGGCUUGCCAGUUUGAUCUUUUUGAGCCAAGUUGUGCACAGG